UUCCAGUCUCAGACAGGGCGCGCUCACGAUCGCAUGUCAGUCGGUGCGGUCGCCGUCGUUGAAGUUGUUAUCGUCGUCGCUUUCCUGGUGGUACAGAUUCCCGAGCCCAGCGCGCACUGUUUUUACUUUCGCUGCUUGGUCCUUACCUGUCGUCGUUUUCGACGUCGUGUUCUGAAAGUUCGUUCUUGGAGCGAACCCAGCCGGGAAGGGGUGAAGGCUCUCGCCCCGAGUGCAGUUCCGUGUGCAGUUUUCGGUGCAGUUUCAUUCAGUGCAGUUCGGUCAGUGGCAAUAGAAGCUUCUCAAGAGCGGAUACCUUUUGCCGCUUGUGUGGGCAUUAGACGAGCGUUGUCAACGAGUGAGUGAUAAUCGAAGUGGUGUUGUGAUUAAUCAUACCGAAUUCCUGGCGACACGUUUCGAAACACUUUUGUCAGUUGUCGGUGAAUACAUGUGAAAUCCUGUGAACUGUUUAGCCGUAUCGUUAUCUCCGCAACAAUGCGCUAACAAUUGAAUCCAAAAGCCGUGACCCGAAACAGUGAAGCCGGGAUCAAUCAAAGAUCCUCCCGGGUGCAAAGUGGAUCAUUUACAACGGUUUUGGGCUUUUUCUUUCGGAUAACGAAUGAUAAUUGGUUCCUUCAACAGCCAUUCUUCGACUGACACCGGCGGCUAAAGCAGUUCGAACUAUAGUCAAGAUAACGUGGUGCGAAACGUUGUGAGAUGGACCCGUGCCGUGGUUGAAAAUUGUUUGUGACAACAGGCCGAUAUCCAGAUUGUCGGCUCGCGCUCCGUGUGUGUAUGUGUGUGUCUUUGAGGGUGCGUGUGUUUCGGAAGCUGUUAGCGACCCGGUACCCAGUGAAUCGCGUGUGUUCCAUUUUGAUGCUAAACAAAACUAAACGGUCAAAUAUUCGGAGCAAACAAUUUUGGAGCAAUGUUGCGGCUUGAUGAUCGUUUCCCACAUCAUCCAACGCGGAUGCUUUGCUAGAAAUUGUGCUAAACAAGUGAUUGUGAUAGGCUUCAGUCGACGCGCAGAGUUUACCCAGCUUCGAAAGAGAGCUCUGUGUACACUGCUUAUCACGCCGAUAACUUAAUUGAAGUGGCUUCAAGAAUUCUACACCCGAAAACCCCACCAUCAGGCAAAGCCAGUCAGUUCAGUCAUCUCCCGUUCCCGCACAGCAGAACAUAAAGAUGAAUCAGCAGUGCAAAGUGUGUGGCGAACCUGCAGCCGGGUUUCAUUUCGGUGCCUUCACUUGCGAAGGUUGCAAGUCAUUUUUCGGCCGAUCGUACAACAAUUUGUCCUCGAUCUCGGAGUGUAAAAACAACGGCGAAUGCAUCAUCAACAAAAAGAAUCGAACCGCCUGCAAGGCGUGCCGGUUGCGCAAAUGCCUCAUGGUAGGAAUGUCCAAGAGCGGUUCGCGAUACGGGCGUCGAUCGAACUGGUUCAAGAUACACUGUUUGCUGCAGGAGCAGCAGCAGGCCGCUCAGCAGCAGGGCAACCACCAGAAACCCUCGCAACCGGUAGGCAUCCAUGCGGGAAUGUUUCACGGGGGCUAUCCGCACGGGAUGUAUCCGCGCCCGCCCUGCACCAAGGAGGAGCUGAUGCUGCUCGGGCUGGAGGAGUACAGCAAGCAUCCGUCGGCAUCACCAUCAGUCAGUUCGCCCGACAGCCACAACUCGGACAGCUCCAACGAGAUCAAUGAUCGGCGAAAUGCGUUGCUACGGCAGGGCAAGCUUCACGACUCACCGAUCAACAAGGAUCUCUUCCUGCCGCUUCCGUUCGGCGGGCUACCGCUCAUGCCACCGCCCGGCUUCUUGCCUUCGUCUCAUCUGAUGUUUCCCGGGUUCCAUCCGGCGUUAUACUCUCAUCCUCAGGCCGGACUGCUGAAGCCGGCCGACACCCACCUAACGCUGCCAAGCUCUCCUCUGGCCAACAACAACAGUCGCUUUACGCCAAAUCAUAACACCGAUCAGAAUAUGCAUCCUGCGACCGUGCCCGUCCGGGACAAUGGUAAAUCGCCCGACUCCUUCUCCAAGCGCUAUAUUCUCGAUCAGGUGCUGGAAUCACAGCGCUGUCCAAGCAAUGGCACGACGGGCAGCGAUAAGGAUGACCCCGAACCGGAAGAGGUGGUGCCAGCAACGAUGACUCCUCCACGAUCUCCCGUCGUAUCAGUAACGCAGUCCGCCCCGAUAGUUCGACAAUCACAGACUCCAUCAAGCCAUCCUAACCAGCAGGACAACCCCAUCGAUUUGAGCAUGAAGACGGGUAGCAGUUGCACGUCGGCCGAUGAGCGUAGAUCAUCCCUUUCCGGUGCAGAGUCGAAUGGAUCGGACGAUGAAGCUAAUGGCGAUAGCCGACCGUCUUCCGGGAUGGACAAGUAUAAGUGUACCGUCCCCAGCACGCCAGCUACCGUUGUUGCCAAAAAUGCGUCUGCCACCACCAACAACAACAACAACAACAACAACAGUAUCAGCAACAACCAAAAUCACCAUCAAGGCACUACUCUUCGUCACUCGCCCCGUCCGUCGUCGCUAUCGCCAUCGUUACCGGCGCAGCAUCACCGAGCGUCCCCGAUACGGUCGGAGUCUCCGCGGCACUUGCAACAUCAUUACCAGCACCAGCACCACCACCACCAUCAUCAUCAUCAGCAUCUUCAGCAGCAGCAACAACAUCGUCAACGCCACGUUCUUUCUCAUCACGGUGGGAGCGGCAGCGAAUCGGAGCUUGAACCCGAGGAAACCGAGUACGAUCGUGAGGUGAAACGGAUGAAGCUACAAGGCACAACACCGUUGGACCUUACCACCAAGGUUUAAGGGUAGCCACCAAAGUCUUUGGAGACAGUUCCCGUUCCUGCGCGACGCUGAGACGGAACACGUUGGUGCAAUGUUUGUGUAGAACUGUGUGUAGAGUGUGGCGAAGUGAGAUGAAGUAAUGAUUGAUUAGAUCGGUUUGUUUGUUUUUUUUUAUUAUUUGCAACGUUUACGAAUACAACUUCUACACCCGUCGGUGUGUUGGAAAACAGUUGCCAGUUGCCUAGCAUUAGCACAGUUUUGUAUAGUACAAGUGAAAUAGCAAUCGGUUUUAGCAAAAAGCAUCGUAUACUGAAUAUCAAAAGCAGCAGCUGCAGAGCAUUGAUUCGCAGUUAAUUACCAAAGAUCGACAACGUGUCGAUGAAGAUGUUCGUGUUCGUGGUUAUUGUAAAUAUUUUACAGUUUUUAGUUAUUGCAAAACGGACACAAUGGAUGUCCAAUAUUAUCACGUAGUUAGCUCUUAGGCAAGUGUGAACGAACGCAGUUUUUGAAAUGCAAUCUGCACAAAAGGGAGAACCCCAUGACAGUGCAGACAAUACGCGGUCUUUAGUUAGGAAAAUCGGAAUGUCUUCGAUGUUUUUGGGGUUGUUGGUGGAACGAACCUAACAGCCCCCCGGAAAGCCAUUCGCAGUGAUGUUGUAUGGUCACUCACUGUACGGUAGCCGAUCAACGACGAUAUACAUUAUCAAUGUGCCAGUACAGAACGCAACACCUAUAGAUUACCAGAGUCACUGUGUAGGCAAGGAAACUGUGGUCAGUAUUAGUUUUGAAUCGAUUUGAGGACAGAUCAGACAUCCAGAUUGGAAAUAUCUGCCUUUAUGUAUCAUCAUAUCACUCUGUACAUACAAAUAUCCGUUUAUCCUGUUCCGUUUCGAUGUGCUGACGAGACGUUGGCAAGAAGCUCCAUACACUAAACCUAAAAAGAACAGCGACACCAUCCGCCACAAUCGCUGGUAACUGUUGGAACUCAGUGUUUAUAAGCAAGCCCCGUAAAACCGAGUGUAUACGGAUAUUUAACGCCAAAGCUGCUACCGGAAUUCCUGUGCCACAAUCACUCCAGACAACAGCAAACAAAAAGAGAGACAGCUUCUGGGUGCUACUCAAACAGGUUUGAGACAUUGGAACGCAUCGGACCCGACAAUGUACUGCCGAGUGUCGAUUAAAAGCAUACAAAUUAACGGCCGCUUUUCUUUCAAUAUCAUCAUCAUUUUUCAUUCCGUCUCGCAGGAUUCCUCUUUCGUUCCACGGACGCUUGCUGAGAUGCGAGCAUUCGGGAUAAUACAUGUAUAUCGUUACCAUCGCUCUGCAUCUAUGCCCCCUUUUUGCCUGCUGUUUUCUUGAACAGGGGAUCCUCCUUCUAAUAAAAAAGAGAUGAAAUGAACUUCACAUCGGUUCGAAUAAAUCGUGUGAAUUGCUUGCGGGCAUUGCAUCGAAUGCAUUUGUUGUGAUUUGCAGUUCGACAUUCGCUGCACAACUUGCUGUCACAACACUUUCUUUAAUGGGCAGUGGUAGUACGAUUCAGUACAUUAGGAAGAUUCUUGCCGAAUGCAUAUGCUCUUUGAAAAUUUCUUUGUCAAUUGUAUCCUCGCUCUACAGGAAAAUUAAAUUCUGUCUAGAGUCCUGCACCAGAAUCUAAUCCUCCUCAAAAACCUCAAGGUAAUAGCAGCAGAUAAUCCAUACACACACACACACGAUCAAACAAAAGCGAUGAGCCUAAUUUAUUGUACGGAAGGAACUAGCUGAUCCUAUUUAUGAUAAUCUUACGAAUGCCCUACUACCGUCGGCAUUUGUAAACAGUUGGUGUGUUACAGUUUAUUUAAGUUUUUAAGGUAAAUCGCAACUGCUCACCCCAUAAUGGAAUUACGUUCAAGUGUGCAUGAAAAACGUGCGUAGUAGGAUAAACAACGUUAUCUUUUAAAGCAUGCAAUCAAGUCCGUGUUGUGGUAACUUAAUUUUUACAUCUAUUCAACUAUGCUUUCCUUGAAAUGUCUGUAUUUUAAAAAGGCAUACUGUUGUGCAUAUCAUUAGAGCAAAAUAACACUUGUAUUAAAUAAAUUCAAAUUCAAAAAAAAAA